CGUCAAGAACAUGUGAUACAUUUUUAAGGCUCAGCUUUCAAUCCUCAUUGGGGUUGGUCACUGGCGACCCCUUCUUGAGGAGCCUUCUGGUCAUUGGGGUUGGUGACUGAGAUCCCUUGAGAGAACAGGGGAAAACGAAGGGAAAGGGGAGAGCUUUGAAGGGGGUCCCUUCCGUUCAGAGUCAUGAUGACCAUCGAAGGCUGAGCUUUAACAUUUACUGCAGAAACUGACUGAGCCGGUGCUGGAUGGUCUCUUCACGCAUUGCAGAAUCGACGCGGCCAGGUCUCGAAUCGAUUGCAGAGCAACUUCGACUUCUUCUGUUGUGGAGGUUGGACACGACGCUAGUGGCGAACAGAAUUUGCUCCGAGAAAGUGGUCGCGAGCUGGUGAAAGACUUGUUCGACGUCUGGUACCGCGUGAAGGCCGACUCCGCUAAAGAACUGUACAAAGUGUGGACAUCCCGACUGCAGACUUCUGCGCCGGAUUUGCUAGCUGUCGAGGUGCUACUCUUCCUGUGCGAGGGUUUUGUGGAGGCAAGCGCUCUAUACGAAGAAGGCGACUUAUUUGACAGAACAGGAGGACCUCAUGAUCAGGUGACACAUAAUAUGGAAGGAUGCUCCUCGACAGCUGGAUCCAGUCC